CAUUCUUCUUUUUGUUAUACAAAUCAUCAUGUUAAAAUUAUUUUUGUAAAUAUUCAUUUCACCAGUAGACUGUAUAAUUAACUUUCUUAACAAUAUAAGAAGUGUCUUCAGGGGGAUAACCAAUUCAACUUGGGACUCGCAUUUCUUCUUUCAAUGGGUUACGUAUAGCUUGUCCUUGUAAUUCGGAUGAUCUAUCGAAUUUGGUGAUCCAUUACCAAGUCCAACAAGAAAAAGUUAUACGAAAGAUCAGCUAAAGAGUAGUCAAAAAGUCAGUAGCCAACACAAUAGAAGAGGACGACACGAAUAGCAAAAAACCAAUUUUUUUGAAUCUGCUGCCGAAAAGUUCCCAAAUCCCUUUUUUGAAGGAAAAAACCAUUGAUAUUGAUUUUCAAGUAUAACUCAAUUCUCCAGAUCAAGAAUCGUACAGGGCCUAUUACUGUUUGAUUUAUUGUCUCAGAGAGAAAUAUGAGCAAUAAAAAUCCUGUGAAGUUAGAUGAUGAGCAGUUGGCUGAACUGCGAGAAAUCUUCCGGUCGUUCGACAGAAAUGAUGAUGGGAGUCUGACCCAACUCGAGCUUGGCGCGCUAUUGAGGUCACUUGGUUUAAAACCAAGUGCUGAUCAGCUUGACACAUUGAUCCAAAAGGCCGAUAAAAAUGACAAUGGCCUUGUUGAAUUCUCAGAGUUUGUUUCACUUGUUGCACCGGAGCUUCUUCCUGCAAAGUCCCCUUACACGGAGGAGCAGUUGAAACAGCUUUUUAAGAUGUUUGAUAGGGAUGCAAAUGGGUAUAUAACAGCUGCUGAGUUGGCUCAUUCCAUGGCUAAGCUUGGACAUUCUUUGACCGUGGAAGAGCUUACUGGUAUGAUCAGAGAAGCUGAUACGGAUGGAGAUGGCAGGAUCAGUUUUCAGGAAUUCACUCAGGCGAUUACUUCGGCUGCUUUUGAUAACUCAUGGACUUGAUAUCCUUAGGCCCUUAUUCUGUGGCAAAGUAGAAAUGGGUGUGGUGUGUUGACCAUGAUGAAGAAGAGAAUUUCAGAUGCAGUGUUGCUUCUGUUGUGCUUCCAUCUUAAUGCACUGCUUCUAUCCGAUAGAAUAUUUCUUUGCAUUUUUCUCUAUUGCUUUCUUAGACUGAAUAAUGUUUGAGUGAUAAUUUUCCUCUUCUUCCCUUAAGAGUAGAUUACUGGAUUUGAAGAUAUGUCAUCUACUUCAGUAAAAAGACUCGGAACUUUUCGUAUCACAUUUCUUUGAAUGAGGUUGGAUGUUAGUCGUGAACUGCAAUGGGUAAAAGUAGAACUAUUAUGGAUU